GCGUACCUGGAGCUACCGGGGGAUGCCACUGCGUGCCACGUGUCUCGAUAUCGAAACGCACUGCGCAUGGCGUUCGUGAGUUGUCGCCACACCACUCUCGAAAUAUGAAAUAAGCAAAAAUGUGGCGGGUGAAUCCGGCUAUGUUCUAGCGGAAAGUUCGUUCUCAUUUUGCAAAUUUCGAGAGUGGUGCGGCGAGGCCCUGCAUCGCAGACUCCAACGUGUUCCUCUCUUCUCGUCGAGAUGAGGCUUCGCGAGCGAGCGGUCGCGACUGUUCUCACAAGAUCGUCAUCGCUGCGGUUGUUUUCUGCCCGCGCGAAGGCACCGCAGUGUUCUCGUGGUCAACUGUGUUUACCUGGUCAACUGUGUUUACCUGGUCAACGAUUACACAGGACCUGGCUAGGGGAGGAGGAGAAGCACAUACGGACGUCGAUAGGAGAGGAGGGGGAGGAUACGCGGGAGGUUCGAUCACGGGGCGAUCUCUCUGCCAUCAACCUCGACUUCAAUGGCUGCAGAGAUAACGGGGCAAGUCCUACCCGGGCCGGCGACGCAGAUGGCAGCACUUUUCGAAGGGUGUGGUCGACCGCCGAGACCACCUGGAAGAGGCGGCGAUUCGAACCGUCGUCCCGCUCGCCGUCCAGAUCUGCCGCGACUAGCUUUUCGGAGAACAGCGGACCAGGUCAAUUCGCUCCCACCGCUGAGGAAACUUGGCGGCAAAGGCUGUCUCCUUCCUCGUUGUAUCCCCGCUUGAGCGGCAGAGGUUGUAAGAAUUCAUGGGAGGAGGAGAGCGAAGGAUGGCUAUGGAGACGGCGGCGAGCUCAAGGGUCGGUCGCCGCUGAUGUCAAUUCUGCGCAGAUUGGGCGAUGGCAUGGUGCUGGUUGUCGCUGCUUCUUCUCCGUCGGAAUUGGCGGAAGUCAUCCGAGAUCUGUCUGCCCUGUGAAUGGGGCGGAUCUAAGACGGCUUGUCGGUAUCACGAUCCUCGAUUCUCGGCGUCCGCCUUGCCGAGGACACUGCUGUGCUGCUGCCGACGCAGAAGCGAUGAUGAAGAAGAGAGAGGAAGGAAAGGAGGGGAGUGCAUUUCGACCAUCCUCACUCGUAAAAGACUUCGCAUUGUUUUCCCGCCAAGCUGCCAGUGAUCAAUUUUUCGCGGGAAGAAACUCCAAUAAGGGAGUCGACCGUGAGCGGCGCAAAGGACACGGCUUCACUUCGUUCAAUUAUUGGCGAGGGAGCUCCGAUGACGUGGCAGAUGGGCUAGCAAGAUCGCGGCGUGGGGGACUGUCUAUGAUAGAAUUGGGUCCAUCUUCCUUAAUUGAAGGCGUGUCGCCGAGUAAGCAUCUUUGCGSCAAUUAUGGCGGAUCGGGAUCUCYUGCCACGUGUCUUUYKWGGGCUAACUUCCGUKGCUGUGUUACCAAAUCCGGGGAAGAGAAGGACGCCUUCCAGCAGUCUGUCAGAUCAGACGUGGGGGAAAGAGAAGGAGGUGGACUAAUCAGGGGGAAUGGAACGCGUCCAGGGCUCCAAAGCGGGAUCUGCAGCAGCGGCGUCAGGACAGAUGGGACGAUAAGGGGUUGGUUUGAGCGCAAUUGCCCGGCGAACAUCUGGCCUUACAUCCAGCUGGCGCGCUUAGAUAGGCCGAUCGGGACGUGGUUGCUGACGUGGCCCUGUUUCUGGUCAAUCAGCUUGGCGGCUCCCCCAGCCACUCUACCCGACUUGAAGAUGCUUGCGCUGUUUGGAAUGGGUGCAGUUCUCCUCCGAGGGGCAGGCUGUACCAUAAAUGACUUGCUCGAUCGAGAUAUCGACCGCAAGGUAUCGCGGACUAGCAAUCGCCCUCUGGCGAGCGGCGCAGUGACCGUGAAUCAAGCCGUCGUCUUUCUUGGGAGCCAAUUGCUACUGGGCUUGGGAAUUCUACUUCAGCUGAACCAGUUCAGAUGGACGAUGAGGAGGAUGAUGACGGAGGCAAUGAUGGGGAGCAGUAAUAACCAUGCAGAUGACAGUGACUGCGGCCAUGGCAGCGACGGUGAUGAUGGCGAUGGCGAUGGCACCGCUGCCAGUGAAGGAGGAGGAGGAGGAGGAGGAGGAGGAGGAAGAGAAGGGGAAAGAAGGGAGAAGAAGGGAAGGAAGAGAAAGAAGAAGGAAAAGGAGGAGGAGGAGGAGGAGAAGAAGAAGAAGAACAACAACAACAACAACAAGAACAAGAACAAGAAAUGAUGAACAUCAAAUCCUGGGCGCGUCUUCCCUUCUGCUAGUUGGAACGUAUCCCUUGAUGAAGAGAUACACGUAUUGGGUAAGCUGGUUUCAUAUCACUCUCCUGCUGUUCCCAUCGACUUCGCCUGCUUCCCGUGCCCUGAAUCACUGGAGUGGGCAUCUGUAAAGCAAAGAGGCAAGGUCUUGCUUGCCAGCCGCAGGAUGUUUGCCCUUUCCUCAUAUGAGAUUUGGCGAUUGGACGAAGGGUAUUCCAACGUCUUCCGUUUGGCUCCGACAACGCAUCAGAAGAAUAGAUUUUUGGGUGAGAGGAAGUUGACGCUGCAAUCAAUUGGCCACAGCUGU